AUUGUACAAAAUUCCAAUUAAACGUCCAUAUGAAAAAACAAACUUCAAAAAGGAACCUCGUUUUCAAAAUUUUACGACGCCGUCUUGUAGAGGAGAAUAAGUAACAAUGCUAGCAUGCAAGUUAUUUUGAAAUCCUAUCUCAAAUAAAGACAGGAAGACAAUGUAGCGAUUUUGGGAAAAUUCGGUUUUUUCGGGUCUCUCUUCGGAAGUACUUGAAUUUCGAAACUUUCUAAACAGCGUUUUAUUAAUUACCCAAAAAUGCAACUUUGCUCCUAUUUAAUCCAUUUAAGCGACUUUGUAUCUUUUACAGAUCUCAAUGGUGAGGGACGAAUUUGAGACCUUCUGUAUAUUAUGGAUAAUUUCCAGGAACAUAGGCAUUGCUGAGCUGGCAACACAAGCUUUUUUUGACACAUUUAACGGAAAAACUGUAUCUGUGAAGUUAGAAAACUCUUAAACUUGCUCCGCUAAUAUUGACGUAAACAAUUGAAAACUCAGUUGCGUAAACGAUGGAUGUGGUCCAGGGCGUCAAAAAUAACGGUGAACAGUAUUUCAAGUAUUAAUUACUUGGUAUUUUUCACCGCAAGGAUAAACGUUAAGUACUUUUCCUUUAAAAAUGUAUUUCAAGUAUGAAAUACUUCAAUCCAGUACUCGAUUUCUGCUUCUGAGUGCCCUUGCGAUUGAUUUUCUGAAUAUUUUUUUUCUUGUGAUCUUUUUGGAGACGGACUCUCCCUCAGCUCGUACGUCUAGCAGCACUGUGUCAAAGUGUCAAAAGUGUAACGGUAGGAUGACGUUGAUGUGCUCGGAACACGACACGUUCACAUGAUAUUACUUACUUCCGUUAGUGCUCAUUUCAUAAUCCAUACACAGUGUUGUCAUGCCACUUAUGGAUGAUAAUGUAUCAGCGAAAAUUAAUCAUAAUUGAAUGGUGCCAGAAAUGGUAAAAAUUGCCAGACAGUAUUCCAAGUAAAAUUGUGCAGUAAUUGAAAUACAUUUUUUGUUUUCAAGUAUCAAAUACGAAUGCUUACUUUAUGAAGAGUAUUUGAUAUAUCAAGCUAUACAUAGCCAGAGCGUUAUAGAGAGCAUAACCGACAACACUAUACCCUGUUUCACGAGUAUCCAUCACGGUAGAAUGACAGCUGAUUAUUUAGUAAUGUCUCAAAAUUCUCAUAUCGGCACAGGACACAAAAUUCUGACGGAUCGGUCAACGCCAGGUAGUCCGAGCUGUAUUUGUUUUGUUUUUUUUGUACACUACAGAUUAAUUUUGUACUUGCUCACAGGUCUUUUAUUUAGAAAAGUUUUGCAUACAAAAAACAAAACGCCACAAACAAAUAUUUAACUAUAGAUUUACCUAUACGCCAACGUUGCAGACUAACACAAAAAUGUCACAUGCUGAUCAGAUGUUCACCUCAGUAGACGUCAAAGCGUGAUGAAUACUCGUGAAAUAGGGUAUAGUUUGGUGUUACCCGCCUACCAGCGAAACAUUUCAUAGAAAGCAUCAUUGCUUUGCAGUGCCUUCUUGUAAUAACAUACUGUGUAUUUCAACUACACAGAUUGAUAGUCACUUUGACCACCUAUUUGAGGGUGAGGGUAUAUCGCAAUGUUUUGGUCUUAGUCUAUUAAUACAUUAUCAAUCCCGCUAAUGGGUCUUCUGUAGACAUAACCAAAAUAGUCAAUAGUGGUAGCUGCUGGGAAGAAGUACUGUUCUCCUCACUCUGUACAAGGCCCAGAUAAGACCUAUCCUCGAAUACUGCUCGCAUGUUUGGGGUGCUACCGCCCCGACUACAUUACCCAUGCUCGAUAAUGUUCAGAGAAGGGAUGUCCGACUGAUUGAUGACUCUUUUCUAACGGAUAGUCUAGGGCGAUCUAACUCUUUUCUACCGCUACGCUAGCGAGCUCUCCUCUAUGAUGCCGCCCCGCGAUGAGCCUGCCAGACGGAUCCGCCUUCCGUGUCGAACUUCGUCCAUCCAGAACGGGCCCAUAUGACCGCCUCUUUGUUCCUAUGGUAUCGAGAUUGUGGAAGCCUUGAAGAUGACGACAAUGCAUGGCGAGAGAGAAGCCUCAGAUCGGACAAGGCCUCCUUUUCCUUGGGAAAAAUAUUUGACAGUCCUCCUAUAAUUCGCAUUUGUCGAAUUGUCAAGAUGUCUCAAGAACUGAAGAAGACAGAGAUUCUAAAAAGCGGAAGCGGAGCGGAUGAAAUUUAUAUCAGCAAAUGGCCAUACUUUGACGCUCUCAAAUUUCUGAAACCAAUUGUUAGUACUAGUCAUACAAAGUCUUCGAUGAAUUUAACGAAGACAUCAUUCAAUGGUGUAGAAAAAUCGGAUAAAAUCGAGGAGUUUGGAACUCCGGAAGAAACUAAAAUUGAAAACAGACCAACAACCAACAACUCAGGCACCCAAAAAACGUAAGCGAGAGGAGGUUGACGAUCAACUCUUCAAAAGGGCUUUAGAAAACAUGCAAAAACAGCCGGAUGAGUUUGACCAAUUUGGGCAGUAUGUAGCAUUAGAACUAAGAACUUUCAAAUCGGAUGUCAAUAUGUCAAAAUUCGCAAAGUAAUUGUCCGUAUUGUUGAUGAGGAGCUUUACAAUUCCAACUCUGCCUGCAUUAUACCAGCAACAGUUUCUACGCCGAUGCCUUCUCCUGCACUCUCAUUUUGUUUCUCAUCAGAAUCGGUAUCGACUGAAGAAGCUGUAUAUUCAGCAAGAGAAUAUGUUAAUACCAUUACCUAUGAAGACUUAUAGUUAUUUUGUAUAAUAUAGUGUAACAAAUAAACGCAG